AUGGAUGCGAUUACAGGGGUUAGAAUCGCAUCUUGUAUCGUAAAAGGUGAGUUUGAGACAAUUUGCCCCGAAUUUAAGGUAAAAGGAACGAUUAGCAAGAAGAAACGGGGAGAAGUCGAAGAGAAGGAAAACACACUUUACAAACCAUUCAACUGCGAUCCAGAACUGGCCAGGUUGUACAUUAAAGCGUCGCCGAAAUGUGUAGAGUUGCUGGACCUGUUAGGCUCCGAAACCAAAGAGACGAGGUGCAGAGCUCUGGCGCUAAUUUCCUACAUUAUGAGUGAACUGCAAGAUGAUCUAACAGCUACGCGUAUCGCAGAACACAUUUCAACAAAUUCUGGUACCUUGUUUUCCAGUCUGUUCAUAAAUGACGAUGUCACAAUUUACUAUCUUCUAGACGUUAUUUUAGAAACUGUUCGACUUUUGACCAACGAAAAGAUUCGUUUCUUGAUACGUUCAACGGAUUUGUAUAACAUCUUGGAAAAGUAUCACAUAACAACCCGUGAGGAUGAGAAUCGGACAAUUUUAAACUUUUACAACAGAUUCCUCAAAUCCGGCAUGAUUGAUGAUUUUGGUCUAUUGGUGGAUAACGAGCGGGAAAAUAAAGUAGAUUCUAUGGACAUUUUUUAUAUAAAUGGUAAAAAAAAGGCAUGCAUAUUGCUAAUGCUCGGUUUGAAGGGUUUCAACAUUUUUGAAAGGGGCAAUGCUGUCAAGCUAAUAUUCGAUCACAUCAAGGGAGAUGCCAAAAUUUCUGGUACUUGCAUGUUGCACAUUGUAAUUUGCAUUUUAUCCACGAUUUUGAACAAGUACUGCAACCAUUUAUCGCUACCAAAUGAACGCAGCAAAGAUGUUCCCUUGAAUGUCAUCGAUUUAAUAUCAACACAUUUGUCUCGUUUUUUCAAUGCAGACCUGAAGAGGAUGUUUACGGAAUAUCUAGAGGUUGUAGAGAUGUACUGCGAUGCGGCAACUCUCUCAAAUGUCCUCCUGAAAUUUGAAAUUACGGAAUAUACACUUGAGCCCCUUCUUGAAACGUGCAAACGGGACAAAAGACUGUCAAAACACUACUUGUCAAACAUGAAAUGCAAGUAUCCUGGACAUGCCGAGUACCUACUACUUUUAAAAUUUGCAAUUUCAUGGUUUGAGGCAGAGGAAACCAGGUUAAACGGAGACACUGUAGAUGAGGUCGUUUUGCCGGCAUUUAUGACAAAGAGUUUUUUCAACCAUGGGCUUUUAUCAAAGGAAAAAAAAUGUAUACACGGAACUCUCUUUCUCCUAUUCAAGUUUAUGGACUUUAUCAGUAAAACAAAUGUGGAUCCGUUUUUAUCAAUGUUCCCAGACUUUAAAACGAUUAUAAAUUGCAAAACGUUCAAGGAAGAUGAAAUAACACUUAAUGUAAGGGGCAGAAAUGUGCACAUAGAAUUACUACUACCUAAUGAUAUGCUUAUAGACUGGUUAUUUUGCCUAUCAAAAUAUGCAACAACUCUGGACAUGAAGAGUUUGUAUGAUCCAUGUAAAUUGUUCAAGGAUGAAAGAAUAGCUGGAAAUAUAGAUUACAUAUCUAAUUUAUUUGGAGGAUCUGCAGAGUGUGAUGGAUCAGAAAAUGAUAUUAACAAUGCAUUAAAACUAGACCUUGCUGUUAUGGACUGUCUCUUCCAUUUGGGAAUUAAAUCAUCGGAGUCAUUCAUUGGAAAAGUGCAAGAAACCGCAUUCAGAUACAUACUUCAAAGGUUCGUAGAGGUUAAUAGUGCUUUUAGGAACAAGUACAAGGAAUACCGUGAAAAGUGCAGAGAGUACGUAUUUGCUGUGAUGAAUUCUACUGGUAUCGUUGAUGACAACAUCGCUACGUACGUUGAUUCCAUUCAAACAAUGCACCAACACAAACUUUUCAUGUUCCUAUUCAACACUUGUGCGACAAAACCACUUGAUGUGUUGUACGGACUACAUUCCGGUGGUAAUGUAAAACGAACUAAAGCGAAAUGCACAAAUUGUUUGCUUGAUGGUUAUUUGCAAGAGAGUUUAUUUCUCCGACUACUAAUCGACAUCACUUUGCAAAGAGAUACAGAGGAUGACAUCGCAUGUACUGAAUGUUCCAGCACAUUUUCCAACAUUGCAAAAUUGGUAAAGAAGCAAGGAAUACCCAUGGAGGAUACUAUGAUUUACAUUAAAGAUGUUUGCAAAUCUGUACUCAACACAGAUUUGAUAAAUGAAAGGUUUAAGAGGGAGUUGUGCAAACAGUUGUCUAUUGGGGCAGAAGAUUGCACGCCUCUCUCGCCAUCUGUACCAGACGUUGUGCAUGAACAAACUCCAAGGAAUGAGACAUAUGAGGCCUCAUCUAAUACAUACUUGGAAAUGUAUAGGAUGAUUCUUGAACACGUAUCUAAUGUAGAUCACCUUUAUGUCCCAAAAUUAAAGACAAUACUCCAAGUUUUACUUUCAAGACAGGGAAUUUUUGUAAAGGGUGAAUGUAAGAAUUUAGAGUAUCUAGAACGAUGUACAUGCGCGAAAGAGUCUUCUCUAUAUCUGGGUCUGUUUGUAAUGGCAAUGAGUGUGCUGGAGAUGAGCCCAUUAGAUGGUUUUGGAGAUCAUCAAAAGCUUUUACAGUUGAUGAAAGAAGUGGUCGAAAGAAGGAAUGAUUUGUCACUCCCUCUAUUUUGUAUUAGCCACAAGAUUAAUGGGAAUGACCCUACGAGCCAAGAGGAAAAGAUGAUUAAAAGUAAAUUGACCCUAUUUCUCAAGAAUGAAAAGGAAAAGGAUAAUACACAACUCUUGUACAUUUCAACGGCAAUGAAAGGUAAACCACAUCUUUGGAGAGAUGAAAAAACAUUCCGGUUGCUCGUCAAGAGAUUACAAGACUCAUCUCCUUGUAAAAAAUGUUCCGACUUGUCUACAUGCGGUUAUGUUAGAAUAAUGUCACUUUUGGAAAUUUGUGCACAGACAUUACCUGCAGAUAAUUUAAAACUUUGCAUAGACAUUAUACAAUCUGAUUGGUUAUUUAAUAUCGCAAAAAUGGUUACUAGUUUAAACGGCCACGUAUAUUUUCUGGGUGACAAUAUAGAGAAUCACGCGUUUAGAGCGCUUUUAGGGUUCUUGUCCAAGCUCCUCAAGGCUAUUUUUACCAAUGUAGGAACUGUUGUGGAAAUAAAAAAGAGUCGUAUCCGCAGAUUAUUUGGAGUGCUAGCUCCAUGUUACAGGUGUUCACUCACAGAAGUUGAUUUGUUACUAAAGGAUGUCAUUUUUUCAAUAAUAAACCUGGCAAAUGGAUUAAUUUCUGACAAUUCUAGGGCUCUAAAAUUGCCGAUGUUCAAGGACUUUUUGUGUACCAGUUUGGGUGACAUUUCCCCCUAUGGUGGCUUUAAUGAAAAAAGGUACAGCGAUGAUACAAGAUCAGAAAAGAGACUUAAAACGUCAAACAAUGGUAGUGUAGGUGGACCAGGAAAAUCAGAUGUUUGCCAUGGAUUAUCAAAUUGGAUAGCAAUGUCUAGUGGAAUUACCAUGAAGUCAACGGAAUCCAAUUGGCUCCGUUUAAACAGCAAGAGAGUCAACUCUACAGUUUCUAAUCUAGCACUUCAAAUAUCGCAAGAUGGAAUGGGAGUAAAUAAGCAGUCGUAUGGGUUACAAGAUACUCUACACAAGCUUUCAAUUCUCUAUCCCCCACUCACAAGGGUAGUUGCUGGCACAGAUGUACUUUUUGGUUACAUUAUCCGUCUAAACAAGGCACUAGGAGCAACAACGAGGUGUCUACAGGAUUUUAUUAUAAGUGACCCAUAUGUUUACGACUUGGACUAUCUCAUUCCAUACAUUUCAGGGCGUCUUUGUCUCGUUUUACAACGCCAGAUAAACUCAUUUUCAGAGUUUAAAGGGAAAUUUGAAGAGAUUGAGGACGGACAUGUUCCAAAAUUUCAAGUUUUUAAAAAGUUUCACAAUGACAAAGACGCAGAUGCCGCAGCAAGGAGACUAUACCAUCAAUACAAAAAGCUAACAGCCCUUCCAGAAACAUUUUUGGAUGAUACAAUCGACGUUAAAGAAUGCAUAGACUCUUGUAUCAACAAUGGUAUACUCGAACUUGUUAUUCUUGGUCUUUUGAGUGAGCGUUUUAAAAAGGCGAGUGCUCGUUUGCUUUCUCUAUUUACAAAGAUUUUGGAAAAUUCAAUAGAUGUUGCAAUUCUCAGAGCUCACACUCCAAAUGCAGUAUUCAGAAUGGGAAAGCUGGAAUACAGGGGGUCAUUACAAAUUCUCUCCCUUUUGUACAGCUUGGAGGAUUUACAGAAUCCUCCUAGAGGGGAAGAAAACGAAUCUGAUAUUCCGGAAAAUGAACCACCUAGGGAUCCGACCAUGCACAUCAUUUUUAUAUCGCAAGCUGUAAAACGUGUUAUAAAACCAGAAGACGCACUUUACCAGGAGAUCAACAAAUUUAUCCUUUCUAGACAUCACAGAAAUGUGAGGGAUAUUCCGCUCUUUUACGAGUGCUUUAUAGCUCAAGAGGUCAAAACGCAACGUUCAAACUUGGCUUUUAUUUUAAAUAUACUGGGAAUAUACACGAGUGUCUCUGGAAACUAUGAUAUCUUGAGUAAACGACACGUUUUCCAACACAUUUUAUCAUAUUCCCUAGUAAGCACAGUACAUUUGGAACACGUUUCACAAAUAGCCAUGAUUAUACUCAGAGCAUCUUCAAACAUGUACAAGGAACUUUUAGACAUGGAUGUCCACUCAUGGAUUUGUAACUUGGCCACAUUUACAACAUCGAGGCUCGAUGAUGAUUCAACAAGGCUCGUUUGGACGUCGUUUCUCUUGACAAUACUCACACACAUUGUUCACGUCCUAUCCAACUUCUCACCUAUGCAAGAGCCCGCAAAUACACUCUUGGACUCUUGGAACAAGGUACACCUAAAACUACCCCGGUUAAAACCAUACCACUUUAUACUCUUGAAAACUUUAAAAUCAUGCAUGCACGCAUGA